AUGGUUUCGACGGUCAUAUUCCAUUAUCUUUGGCAGUCGCUAGACCUAUCUCGAAACCAACUCUCUGGAAAAAUUCCACAAGAGCUGGCAACUCUCUCGUUCUUGGAGUAUAUCGACAUUUCACAUAACAAACUCAUUGGACAGAUACCGCAAUGUACGCAGUUUGGAGGACAACCUAAAUCAUGUUUUGAAGGGAAUAUCAAUCUUUGUGGUCUUCCUCUUCAAGAGAGUUGCUUCAAUGGCAAAAAUGUACUAUCAACACAACAUCCAAAAGUACUAAAGCAAGAAGUGUUGAACUGGAAAGCAGCAGCGAUAGGAUAUGGUCCUGGAGUGUUGUUUGGACUAGCGAUUGGACAAUUUUUUGCUUCAUACAAACUGGUCUUGUUCUUCAAGUUGUUUUGCCUUUGA